AGUUCUAUUGCGUUGUUUUCAACUUCACUCACUUCUUCACCUCCCAAGAGGCUAAUAGGAAGAGAAACCCUUCCUCCUAUCCCCUGUACCUGCUACAUUUGGCGCAUUUUAGCUUAACCCCACAAACCCGAGCUCUUCUUCUUUUCACUUUUUAUGCUUAAUCUCGUCCUUUUUACUUACUUCAUAACUCUUUUUCUCUCUUACAAAGUUUUUUUUUGUUCUUUUUCUUUUUUGGCUUUUUCAAGUUGGUGGGUGUUGAAGAUAAAAGGUCGCGUUUUAUCAUAAUAAAUGUUGCUUUGAGGUUCAGAUCUGGAAAGGUUAAGGCUUCUUUCAAACAAUGCCUCUUCUUUUUCUUGGAUACUUUUUGACCUUUUUUAAACUGCAAUAAAAACCCAUUUGCUGCUGUACUUCAAAUUCUUUCUUCAAGGGAGUUGUUGUGUAAAGAGAGAGAGAGAGAGAGAGAGAGAGAGAGAGUUGGAAAUGUUGGCGAUUGGGAGUCCUUGUGGUGUCCGUACCUCCUCUUGUUACAAUGCUUUACUGAGAGAGCUUCAGCAAAUAUGGAGUGACAUCGGUGAGAGUGAGGCGGAAAAAGACCGCAUGCUGAUGGAGUUGGAGAGGGAGUGCUUAGAAGUUUACCGGAGAAAGUUGGAGGAAGCUUCCAAUGCCAAGGCGCGUCUUCAUCAGGCUGUCACAGCAAAGGAAGCCGAGCUUGCAAAACUCAUGGCUUCUCUUGGGGAACUUAAUAUUCAUUCGCCGACAGAGAAGAGGUUGACAUCAUUAAAAGAAAAGUUUGCUUCUAUUGCACCUCUGGUAGAUGAUCUUAGAAUAAAGAAAGAAGAACGUAUGAAGCAAUUUUCUGACAUAAAGACACAAAUUGAAAAGAUUAGUGGUGAGAUUUCUGGGUAUGACAAUCUGAACAAUUCUCUGAUCAAUUUAUUUCUGGAAGAAGAAGACUUGUCUAUAAGAAGGCUUGCUGACUACCAAACACAUCUUCUCACUCUUCAAAAGGAAAAGUCUGACCGCCUGAAUAAGGUUUUGGAAUAUGUGAAUGAGGUGCAUACUCUCUGUGGUGUGCUUGGGAUGGAUUUUGGCCAGAUAGUGAGCAAUGUGCAUCCAAGCUUGCAUGGUACCAGCAUGGGGCAUUCCACGAAUAUCAGCAAUAGCACAUUGGAAGGCUUAGAACAGGCCAUUGUCAAUUUGAAAUCAGAAAGGAAGUUUCGAAUACAGAAGCUGAAAAAUAUUUUGGCAUCACUCUUUGAUCUUUGGAACUUGAUGGACUCACCAAAUGAAGAGAAGAACAACUUUUCAAAGAUUACUUAUGUUCUUAGAGUAUCAGAGUCUGAAGUUACAGAAUUGGGUCUUCUAUCAACUGAGAUUAUUGAAGAGGCAUCAGCAGAAGUGGAUAGGCUUACUAAAUUGAAGGCUACUCGAAUGAAAGAACUUGUUAUGAAAAAGAGAUUAGAAUUGGAGGAAAUAUGCAAAAUGACUCACGUCGAACCUGGUACCAGCACAGCAGCUGAGAAAUUCAGUGCUCUGAUAGAUUCUGGUCUAGUGGAUCCUUCUGAACUCCUGGCCAACAUUGAAGCACAGAUUAGCAAAGUUAAAGAUGAAGCACUAAGCCGAAAAGAUAUAAUGGAUAGGAUAGACCGAUGGCUUUCAGCAUGUGAAGAGGAAAAAUGGCUGGAUGAAUACAGUCAAGAUGACAAUCGAUACAAUGCUGGCAGAGGUGCACACAUUAAUCUAAAACGUGCAGAGCGAGCUCGAGUAGCUGUGACCAAAAUUCCAGCAAUUGUUGACAAUCUGAUAAAUAGAACACUAGCCUGGGAGGAUGAGAAAAAGAUGUACUUUCUCUAUGAUGGAGUAAGGUUAGUGUCAUUACUCGAUGAGUACAAGCUGGCAAGACAACAGAGGGAAGAAGAAAAGAGAAGAUUCAGGGACCAAAAGAAGCUCCAGGAUCUCCUUGUAACAGAGAGGGAAGCCAUAUAUGGGUCUAAACCUAGUCCGAGAAAGACUAGCAGCUUUAGGAAGCCAAAUGGAUAUCAUGCAAAUGGAAAUGGAUCAAUGACUCCCACUCCUCGUCGAAGCUCUACUGGUAGUGGAACUCCUGAGCUCCUCACUCCCAGAUCCUACUUGGGGCGUCAAAAUGGACAUUUCAAGGAAAUACGGAGGCUGUCAACUGCUCCAAUGAACUUUGUAGCCAUAUCAAAAGAAGAUACCAUGUCAACAUACACAUCUGUUUGUGGUUCUGAGCGAGGCUCUCCUCCACACGGUUGAAUUUACAUGCCUGGGAAUGGACUGCAGCUGCAUUAAAAUUUCAACUACUGUACACUCAAUUAGAUCAGUGGAAGCUUUGUGAAUAUAGAAAGGAUUGUACAGUGUGUAUGAUUGUGAAUUGUAGAAGUACUUGGAGUUGGAGAGAAGGGGUAACUGACAUUUGAAGGCUUGCGUUUAGAUGUGAUUUGGUUUGAGGAUUAAGAGCAAAAUAGAUAAUAGUUUGCUGGCAGUUGAAAUAGAAAUGCUAUACUAGUGCCGACCUUGUAUUCUAUUAUUGAUUUUGAUUGUGUUUUGCAUUGCCCCAUGUAAAUAAAUCCUAUAUUGCACCCUGAUUGCUUUCAUUUUGAUACCUCUGUGGAAAUAUAUUUGUAGGGUGUUUCUGAUA